GUGAUUUCUCCAGCGAAAAUUGCGCAUGCUGAAAUGCCGGCAGGCACGUCAUACCAGCGGCAUCCCCGAACUUGAAUCUUAGUCAGCGACAGCAAAGCACGGCAUCAUGACCAAGCUCAAGGUUUGGCACCCAUUCAGACCAGCUCAGCAUCACCCGAGAACUCCGAAUCGGACGUCAUGUCUGGCUCGGAUGGGACUUGUCCCGGGCUGACUUCAGUCCAGUUGCGGAUCGGACCGAUUUCUGGACCGAUUCUUUGCACCGUAACCCGAUUUUAGUUUGAGUCCAUUCUGGCAUUUUUUUUUUGCGAGCGGCGCAGUCACCUGGCUGGCUUCUUCCUGCGCAGUUGCAAUUGCGUGCCGCACGGUGUCGCGAUCUGUGAACGAUGGAAUUCAAUCGAAUCCGCAGCGUCGAGGGCCACACCCUUUUGACCAUCCCCCGUCAUAUUAAGCAGCCGUCGCACUCCAAGCACACCAAUGUCUUAUCCUCCACAACAAAUGGCCCGCUUCACAGGUGAAGCCGGCGCAGCCCUCGUUUUCCUCAUCGCUUACCUGGCGAUCUUCGCGUGGAUGCUCUUUGCAUACCUCACCCACCGCAUCAAGUGGCGCUCUCGCUACUCGCUUGUCUUCUUCCACGUCACCGUCCGCCUCGCCUCGCAGGCAUGCGGGAUCGCAUUUGGCAUCCUCGGGUUCUCGAACACGAGUGUGUUUCUGGCAUUCCUCAUUCUCGGCGCAGAGGGGUACUUUUCGUUGGUGCUCUGCGCGUUCCGCUUCGUCGUGUCCUGGCACCAACACAAUCUCUCCAGUGGCGAAUCCUGGCUCGAGCCCCGCGAUCCGCCCAACACAAACAAAUGGCGCAAGGGCCUCAUCUUCACGCUCCUCGGACCGCUCGCGUUCGUCGUCUACGGCGACCACCCGAUGGUCUUCUUCCACUCCGCGCUCGUCGCCGCCAACGUCGCCAUCAUCGUCGGUGGCUCAUACCUCGCCGGCGUCGACUACACUGACCUGAACUCGGCCGACGCACGCCACAGGAUGCUCGUGUCGCGCAUCACGCGCACCACCGGCCAGAGUGUGUUCCUCGCAGCCAACACGCUGUUGCUCGCCGUGGUCCUGGUCACGAUGCGGAACAACCGCCGGGAGGGGGACGCUCGCCGCCGGCCUGGGACCGUCCAUCCAACGCUGGUGCUGCUUCUCCUUGCGUGGUUCCCGCUCAUCGUUCGUGGCAUAUUCGGAAUCCUGCAGGCUUGCGUGUGGAGCUUGUCGUAUUACAAUCCGAGCAACUAUGACGCCGGAGGUUUCACCCCCCGGUUCUCUGCAAUCGAAUACGUUCUGGGAGUGUUCACGGAAUGGCUAGCCUGCGUGCUGCUCAAUCUGACAUACUACACCUCCAAGAAUGAUCCUCGCAAGCCCAGCAUGAGCGACGAGAGGGAGCGGGAGUGGAUUGGCCUGAAGGCCGGAAAUGCGUAGAUCUUUGCCAGGUUUCAGUCUUUCUCAGUCAUAUAACCCCUUGCAUACGUUGGAGUGAUCGUCCACAAACGCUCCUUGUCUCCUAGUCCCUUAAUUUUCAAUUAACAGCUCAUUGUCCCAUCCAGAUCAUCCUAAGAGAUCGUGUCGAAGCUUUUUCGUUCGGAGUGAGUCGUAAAAGACGCGCGUCCACGUAAUAGUCACCAGCCUGAGGCGGCCAUUCUUGGAAGUUUCCGGGGGCCCAUGUCUGCAACCCGGUCGCUGUGCACUGCAGUUCAAAAGCGCAAGGAAUCCGGCCUGCGCGGCAAACUCAUAGGCGAUGAGACUCGCAGGGUCCACAUCUGAGAAAGCUUGGACUCAUCACUGAGCCAGCGAUGGUUUUUUCGAGUUUUUUGCUUCUCUCACGUGCUUGAUUGUUACUUCCUUGCACCAAUCUAGAUUAAUCUGAC